AUGGACAACCAAGCAGAAGAAUACCAAAAAGCACGCAUGGAUCUCCUCGCGCGCGAGAAAGAAGCCACACGACUCCUAUCCUCUCUAGCGGCCGCCCGUCGCACUCUCCCCAUGGUGCAUAUCACCAACCCCUCACGCUUCAAAUUCGACACAGAGUCCGGCGAACAGACACUCCCGGAGCUCUUCGCUGGCCGUCGUCAGCUCAUCCUGUACCACUUCAUGCUGGGACCGCCGCACGGGGACGAAGGCUGCACCGGCUGCUCAUUCUGCAUGGACCACGUGCCGGAUCUGCACCAUCUCUGGAGUCGGGAUACGAGCUUCGUGGCGGCGGCAACAGCAUCCGUCGAGCGGAUCACUUCGUAUGCAAAGCGCCUGGGAUGGAAUUUUCCGUUUGUGAGUUCAGCGAAGACGCAUCGGGAGUGGGAGCGUGCCGAAGCGGACGGCGAGACGAUCACCUGGAAGCCCCGGAAUGGGUAUUUUGGGUUCAGUGCGUUCUAUAAAGAUGGGGAGGAGGUGUAUCAUACGUAUGAUACUACGGAUCGUGGCGUGGAGAUGAUUCUCUCGACGUAUCAUUUGUUGGAUAUGACGCGGUUGGGGAGACAGGAGACGGGGAAUGGGAUGGGGAUGUUUCUUCGGAAUGAUGAAUAUAGUUAA